UCACUGAUCACUUAUUUUUUUCAGGUUUUAUAAAAUGAUUUAGUGUGUCACAAGCAGUGAGAUUAUAUAGUUCAAGAUGACCAUGAUUUCUCAAGAUGAAAUCGUUUCUAACGCUAAAACCGUAACCAAAGGACUUGAGGCUCUCCGCCAGGAACAUGAAUCUAUUCUUGGUGGAAUUAAAUCCUCCCUGGAGCACACUGAUCUUGGAGCAGAGAAUAGUUUGAUCCAGGAGAAAUGCUCCCUAAUGGAACGCUCCCUAGAAAUGAUUGAGCUUGGACUAGGAGAAGCUCAUGUUAUGGCUGCUCUAGCUGGUCAUCUUCAGGCUGUUGAAGCAGAUAAACAAAAGCUUAGAUCACAGGUGAAAAGAUUAUGCCAAGAGAAUGCCUGGCUACGUGACGAACUGGCCUCUACACAGCAGAAGCUUCAGACAAGUGAGCAAACCUCCGCCCAGCUGGAGGAGGACAAGAAGCAUCUUGAAUUCAUGAAUUCCAUCAAGAAAUAUGAUUCUGAUAUUGCUGGAGAGGAGGGUUCGGUGGACAUGUCGACCAGUAUAGCUAGCACUACGAUGGACACAUCUAAGGACACAGUAGCUGAACUGUUCCAAGAUGAUGGGGAUGAUGAGCGUGGUGGUCAAUCUCCUACACCGUCCACUCAGUACGCAUUCCCGGCCAAUGCUGGGUACGAGAUACCGGCCCGGCUUAGAACCCUUCACAACCUUGUCAUACAGUACGCAAGUCAAGGACGAUACGAGGUUGCGGUUCCUCUGUGUAAGCAAGCUCUAGAGGACCUGGAGAAGACGAGUGGACAUGAUCAUCCUGAUGUUGCAACUAUGCUUAACAUACUUGCUCUUGUAUACAGGGAUCAAAACAAAUAUAAAGAAGCUGCAAACCUGUUGAACGAUGCUUUGACAAUCCGUCAGAAAACGUUGGGAGAAAACCAUCCCGCUGUUGCUGCCACUCUUAACAACCUCGCCGUCUUGUACGGGAAACGCGGGAAAUACAAGGACGCAGAACCGCUGUGCAAGCGUGCUCUAGAAAUCCGCGAAAAAACUCUCGGCAGCGACCACCCCGACGUAGCGAAACAGUUGAACAACUUGGCGCUUCUCUGCCAGAACCAGGGGAAGUAUGAGGAGGUUGAGAAAUACUACCAGCGAGCUCUGGAGAUAUACGAGUCCAAGCUUGGUCAAGAUGAUCCUAAUGUUGCAAAAACUAAAAAUAAUUUAGCAUCGGCUUAUUUAAAGCAGGGUAAAUAUAAGGAAGCAGAGAUCUUAUACAAACAGGUUUUAACCCGAGCUCAUGAAAAGGAGUUUGGAAGCAUCGAUGAGAAGAACAAACCUAUCUGGCAAAUAGCUGAAGAUCGCGAGGAAAAUAAGAAUCGAAAGGACGGUAUUCCACCGUCCUACGGAGAAUAUGGAGGCUGGCAUAAGGCCGCCAAGGUUGACAGUCCAACGGUCACCACAACGUUGAAAAACCUCGGUGCAUUAUACAGGCGCCAGGGUAAAUACGAGGCCGCUGAGACCUUGGAAGAUUGUGCGCUGAGGUCACGUAAGGAAGCUUUAGAUGUAGUAAAGGCCGGGAGGUCAUCCUCGCGGGGGGAUAAGGUUCGAUCUUCCUCCAAGGAGCGGAGAACUAGAGGAUCCAAGGAAUCUCUUACAGAUUCAGUUCACUACGACGACGGAGAUACUCCGGGGAUUAAAACCAAGAUAUUCCACGCUCUGGGUUUAAACUCUUAAACCUCUGGGACUGAACGCUCCGGAGACAAUAUUUUCAGUGCUUCGCUUUACUUUUCCGAGGGGUAUCAAGAGUUAUUAUUUUAUUUAGUGAUAUUGUAAUAUGAUAAAUUUUACAUAAUGUAGAUCAGAUCUGCUGCUCCAAUCAAUGAUAUAUAUUACAACACUUUAUCACCCUAUUCUCAAUUUCAUGACAAACACCUGAAAGUGUCCACCACAUUUUUUAGUUAUAAUAAUUUUAUUAAUUUGAUUUUGAUUUUUCAAACAAGCCAGUGGUACUUAUAGUUAAUGUACAAUGUCCUUUUUUUGGAGUUUUAGAAAUAUUUUCCUUUUACAUAUAACAAAAUGUGUUCCAGUAUGUGUAAAAAAAUGUAAUAGUAGUUCUAACAAGCCUGGAUGGGCCUUACCCGUUUAAAUAUCACUUAAACAUUUUUUUAUUAUUUUUAACCCGGUUUUAUUCGCGACCAAACUAUAGGGAACUGUGCACUAUUCUUCGGCCACUCUGUUUUUAUACACACAUAUAUGCAUUUUAAACCUUGUAAUAAUAUAUUAAGUAUUGUAAAAUUAUGUGUCCUAGACCUACGCCCUACAUUCAUGAAUUAAAGUAGCACUUUUUAUUUA